UAAUGGAAGAACUAUUUAAGAAAAUAGUAAAUCCUAACAAUCCAAAAAUAUUGGCUGUAGGAAAAAAUUAUGUAAAACAUGUUCAAGAAAUGGGUGGAGAUGAACCACCAAAAGAGCCUGUAAUAUUUCAAAAGCCCUUUACUUCUAUAUUUUUGGUUGAUAAACCACAAAUAUUAAAAUUACCUGAACUUGGUCAUGAAAUACAUCAUGAAAUAGAAGUAAUAAUAUACAAUAUUUAUAUUAAAGCUUGGUUUUAUGAUUAGUAAAUAAGGCAAGAACAUUAAAAAAGAGGAAUGGUAUGAUUAUGUAGGUGGAUAUUUUCUGGCUUUGGAUUUAACAGAUAGAGAAUUACAAGCCCAUUUUAAAAAGUAAGGAUUCCCUUGGGAUUUAUCAAAAGGAUAAGAUCUGUUCUUUCCAAUAAGCAAUUUGAUUGAAAAAGAAAAGAUUGAAGAUCCUUAUAAUUUAACUUUAGAAUUAAGAAUAAAUGAUAAAAUUGUACAACAUGAUAAAACAAGUUCAAUGUAUUACAAGAUUGCAGAUUUGAUUUGUUAUAUUUCUAAAUUCAUGACACUAAAUCCAGGUGAUUUAGUAUUAACAGGAACUCCUCAUGGUGUUGGACCAUUAAAAUAAAAUGAUUAAUUAAAUGGAAUAUUAAAAUAAGAUGAUACAAUAUUGGCAAGAAUAGAUUUGUAGAUUUAAUGA